UGCUAGAUAGUGGUUGGGAUAAUUUUUCAUGAAUUGUACCCAUCGGUUACAGGUAAGAGUGAUUCAGUGAACCGUGAUGCAGAAUCUCUGAUUUUGGUUAUCUAUUGACUCUUGACAGUGAACAGUGGAAACUUGUGAACAAUGAAAAUUCCUUACGGUAUUGUCUUCAUUCUAUCGAUAUGUCUCUUAGCUGUAGGAAUUUUAGGAGAACAAAAAGGAAAAUCGAAACGUGAUAAAAAAGCAAGUACCCGAACAUCACGGCAACUAAAUAGCAACAACAAUGCCGACCAAAUGGUACAAAACAUCCUCAGGUGGCUUCAAGAUGUGUACGGUAGCCAGGGUAGAAGAAUUCGCCAAGGCUCUCUUAGAGAAUACCUUCCACCUACACCUGGCGAAAAACCUAGACCUUUCACUUCCAGACCUUCAACCGAAGGCGCUGGAAUAGACGAAGAGGGUAAUUUCGUUGACACUGGAUAUCCACCAGCGGGAAUUACACCCCAACCCCCUUUCACCAUUAUCACUAACCCCGCUACUGGCGGAAUCACGGGAAUAGGUUCUUCCGGGAUACCUGGAGAAGAAACAACAGGAUCGGGAGGUACAUAUUAUCCAACUCAGAGCAGUAGAAGACCAAGCUAUACUCCCACGCCCUAUCCAGAAAGACCUGGAUAUUCGACUACUGGAAUAACAGAAAGGCCAAGCUAUCCUAGUUAUGAAACUCCAGGUCCAGAAGAACCCGAAGGAACACCAGGUCAAACAAUUGGAACUCCAGAAGUAACACCCGGUUAUCCAUCAGGUGGUUCAGGAGGAGAAACACAAGGUUAUCCAACCUCCUCGCCAUCUGGCUUUACCGGUUAUCCUUCUGGAAGACCCACUGAACCCAGUUAUGCCCCUUCAAGGGAAACGGGAUAUCCAACAUAUCCAACCUCAUCUCCCUCAGGUUUUACAGGUUACCCAUCAGGUGCUCCACCAGGUGCAACUGGUUUUCCUACUAGAUUUCCCACAGCUCGACCAACAUUUGGAGGAGAAUAUACGGAACCAGCUGAAGGAGAAUUUCCAACGUCGCCAUCUGCCGAAGGUUACCCAUCAUCUAGACCUACAGGAUACCCUACUGGACCUCCAACGGGAUAUCCAAGUGGCCGACCAUCUACUGGGCUUCCUUCUACUGAAAUUGAGUACACCUCGGCUCCAGGAUUUCCAACAUCUCGCCCAACUGGUUACCCAACCGGAACUCCUGGUUACCCUACUGGGACUCCCAGUUUUCCAACAUCUCGUCCAACUGGUUACCCAACUGGAACUCCUGGUUUUCCAACUGCCAGGCCAACUGGUUACCCUACUGGAACUCCUGGUUUCCCUACUGUUCCUCCAACUGGUUACCCUACUGGAACUCCUGGUUUUCCAACUCCUCGACCAACUGGAUACCCUACAGGAACUCCUAGUUUUCCGACAGCUCGCCCAACAGGUUUCCCCACGAGAACCCCUAGUUUUCCAACAUCUCGUCCUACCGGUUUCCCAACCGCUGGUCCAUCGGAAGAACCAGGUUACCCUGCUGCUGGUCCAUCGGAAGAACCAGGUUACCCUGCUGCUGGUCCAUCGGAAGAACCAGGUUACCCUUCGGGAUAUCCGACUGGAAGACCAACAGGUUAUCCAACUGCCAAGCCUACACCAGGUAGUUACCCAACAGGACCUACGGGUGGUUCAUCAACCGAAGAAAUACCUGAUGAAACAGGAACGUCUGCAGAAAACGUGCCUGAGUUUCCAACUGCAAGACCACCCGGACGCAUAUCGACUGAACAGCCUGCAAAAGAGCCUACAGAAGGUCUUCAUGGUUUUCCAACUGCAAUACCAACAGGUAUUCCGGGAGAGGAAUCGGAACCUAUUGAACCAAGUGAAGGUACCGGAAAAACAGUUCCUCCACCAACAGAUGAUCUUAAACAUCCUCCUCAUAUUCACGCUUUGGAUGUACAGUGUGCCAAAGAUAUGAUGACUAUCAAUAUAGAAUUUAAUAGACCAUUUGAUGGUGUGAUAUAUUCCAAAGGAUAUUACAACAUGCCAGAAUGUCGAUAUGUUAAUGAAAAUUCUGGGCAAACCAAGUAUACCUUUACAGUCAAUUUGAAUAUGUGCGGUACGCAAUUUGUGAAUGCCUUCGACACCGAAGGUCAAAGUUACCUUGAAAAUAUUUUGGUGCUUCAAAAUGAACUUGGAAUUCAGGAAGAGUGGGAUACAGUUCGAUCAGUGCGCUGUCUUUGGGAAGGAAACCUUAAAGAGCAACUUAGUGUCACUCUUAUGGUCGGUAUGCUAUCACAAGAAAUCGUUACCUUCAGCGGAGACACUGCUAUGGCCAAAUUGGAUGUUCUACUGGGACGAGGACCUUUCGGUCAACCAGCCAGUGGACUGGUGAAAAUCGGAGAACCUAUGACAUUAGUAGUAUCAGUUUCCGGAGAUCCAGGAUUUGACGUUCAAGUCAAGGAUUGCAGAGCCACAGAUUCAUCUGGUAUAAAUGUCGUUCCUUUAACAGAUGACGAUGGCUGUAUUUUGAAACCUAAACUAUUUGGAUCGUUCCAAAAAACGAGAAAUACUGGAGAUACAGGUGCCUCCAUAAUAGCCUAUGCCUACUUCAACGCCUUCAAAUUCCCUGACGUUAUGGACAUAAUGAUAGAAUGCAAUAUAGAGCUAUGUAAAACCGAUUGUGAAAUGUGUUCUGAACCAAAUCCCCAAUUAGAACCAGGAAGAAGGAGAAGAAGAGAUGUAUAUGGUCAAAAUGAAACAUUACACGACACCUUAACAAUGGCUAAACAUCUUCGAGUAAUUCUACCCGAAGACCUCGCUUCGGCGGCACUACUAAUUAACGAAGGUGUAUGCAUGUCGACACAAAGUUUCGUAUUUGCAUCAUCAGUAUUAAUGUCUUUGCUAACUGCUAGUUCCUUAAUAAGCGCCUAUUUUUGGUUUAAAACACAAAAACUAAGAUCUAAGUAAUUAUUUAUUUUACUAACUUUAGGAUGAACAAAACAAAUUGAUUUGAAUCAAUUUUUCUAGAGAAAUAUUAAAAUAUUAAAACAGGUCAAACAUUUCAAAUAAAAGUAACUUUAAUGACAAUAAACUGUUAUGUAAAGAAAGUGUAUACAAAUUUUGUACCUGGCGAUGCCUAAAUUUCGAAGUAUAUUCAACUUAUCAAAAAAUAAUGACUCUAUUUUCUUUAUUUAAGUUUGCCUUGAGUUUGUAAUAUAUUUUUAAAUGAAGCUCUUGGAGCCUUAAAUUGAAAAGAUGAAUUUUGAUGAAUAUGAAAUAUAGGGUAAAAAUCUACUUUUAAUUUCUGCAUACAAUGUGUCCCGUCACGCGCUGCGCACAGCUUAAGAACGUAUUUCUUGAAGAAUUUUUAGUCGAAAAUGUCUUUCGUCUAAAACUUAAUAGUUCAAAAGUUACAGGCUGUGUUAAAUUUAACAGUGAAUAAAUUUGUUAAGCCAUGUACCUAAUUACUUGUUUUUUGUUUGUAAUUGUUUGACUAUUUAACUAUUGGGUUUUUGACAAAAUUAGGUAGGUAUAUAAAGCAUUUUUCACUUAAAAUUUUCUACGGAAUGCGGUCUUUUCAACUAUGCGUAUCGAAUCUCGGGGCAGUCUGUAUAUAAGAAUUUUGAUUAAAUAGUUAAACUUCUUACUAAUUCAAAAUUAUCACCCCAAUAUGUAUACCUAAAAGACAAUUUUACAACUGUGUAGUAAUAGUAAAAAACGUACAUGUUCAUUUCUAGUUGAAUUUCAUUGAAAAUAAGUUUUUAAAACUAAUUGCGUAGUUUAAGUUUUUAGUAUUUUUUAAUCUCAUGUAUGCUGAUAAUAGAAUAAAUUUUUUAAACAAUCACAAUUUUAACUAAAAUACCACUGCCAUUUUAAUUAAGAUGAAUUUUUAUAUAUAUUGUACUUUCUGUCAGCUCAAUUACGUGUAUUUAUAAUGAUUAUUUUUUAAUAUUGUCUAUUACUGUAUUAAAUGCCUAUGUUGAUAUAUUUUAUUAAAUUAUUUUUCUACUAUAUACAUAUUUUAUGUAAAAAUAUUUUUAUGUAAAUAAAAAAUAAAUAAGAAAGGAUUUUUAUUAAAAAAUUAGAAACUCCCAGUGGCGGCUCGUGAGCUGCAAAGGUGGGGAAAUGUGAGGAUUAUGGAAAAUUUGUUUUUUUAUUUAUAUUCUAUUUUUACAUUGACAUAGAAAAAAUAAUACACUACACACUGCGCCUUGUCAA